AUGUGUCUCUUUCUAGCACAUGGUACAUUCAUUGGCAAAUUGCGUCUAGAACCGAACAAACCAACUCAGCUGCCAAUCGACUCUGUGUUUCAUUUUGGGGCUUCCACCAGGAACUAUAUCAUCAGAGAGCGACCGACAGGGAAUACGCGAGGUAUUAUGGAAGAAUUGCCUAAUACGGAAACGGAAGGCGCGCUAUUGGGACUGCCCGAAACACAGACGGAAUUAGAUAAUCUAACGGAAUUCAACACGGCGCACAAUAGGCGAAUCUCCAUGCUGGGAAUAUCUACAGAUGAUGGUACAGACGUCAUGAAGCCAGCUACAGGCACAAAGCGUUCCGCCACCAUGCCAAGCGGAGUUCCAAAGAAGCAGCGACGCAACGUGUCCUUUAACGAAGAAGUAGACAUCAUAAACCCAGAGGACAUUGACCCCACAGUGGGCAGAUUCCGCAACCUAGUCAAGUCCACAAUAGUGCCUAAUGCAAAUGCUCCAAUGAAGAAGUUGAAAUUGCAGAGCUCUGAUGAUGGCCAGCACCAUCACUCGUUGAGGCUGCAGGAGAUCUCCCGAGGAAAUAACCUGUACUCCGACCUGCCUGCGCCCAGUUCUCACCUCAGUCUUAUUGGUGCUAGAUUGGGUCUCUCCCUGCCGAACCCCGCACCCGACGUGGAGCUGGAAGGGCCCGAGCCACAUCUCCACAUACAUCCUCCGUUACCACAUACAGCACCAGACGAAGCAGGCGGUCCAUCUAACGAGCCGAAACGCAAGAAAUACGCCAAAGAAGCGUGGCCAGGGCGUAAGCCGGGACACAUACCCGGCGUGUGAAACUAACAAGUAUCCAUUUAAGAGGACUAUUGAAUUAAUGCGGCUUUGUGAUACGGGAUUCCACCCGUAUACAUUGGGGUAUCAUCUACCGGACUCAAGUAUCCUAUGGCAUUUUUUUAUUGUCACACAUACCCUAAUACCUUAGGGUUUAAUAUAGGAAGAAGUUUUCAAUUGCUCUGUUAAAUACGGGUCACGAAAUCAACGCGCCGUGUACGUGAAAACGGCCUUAUAGAGAUAGUGUGUAACAGCGUUUACUUAUUUGGUUUUCAUUGCAUUAGGUCACGUACACGAUCGAAAUGAAUGUCUGUUGAAUGGGCAAAUGUUAUUAAUUACAAUUGACCGAUUGAAAGUAUUGUGAAGUCCCGACUUCAAAUAAAAUGCUUGUAUAGUGUAUUUAGAUUAGCGACCUAGUAUAGGCUGCUUUCUUUUGCACUACUUCAUAAAAAUAAUAAGGACAUACGAUAGAGGCACAAGGUUAAGUGGGCCUUAACACGCGUUAAAAUAGGGUUCGUUUUCUGUUAAAUAAAUCUCGCUUAGUGUUAAAAAAAUAAUUUAGUAGCAGUAGAGCUCCUUGGAAAAGACGAACGGACGAAUGUCCACGGAAAUACUGCCACCUCACGUAUUUCUGCCGCCAAGCAGUAUGUGAGCAUUACUGUGUUCCGGUUCUGAAGGAUAAUCGACUUGUCAACUUAUGUCUCAGGGCGACGGGC